AUGCGGAAUUUCUGGUGGUAUUUUACACAAAAAUACAUUAGAUGUCCUCCAAAACAAAAACAAAACAAGACGAGGACACAGGCCGUCGAUGCUCCGUUUCCGCUCCUUGGCCACGCAAAUCCUUUCAUCCCUGUGGGUUCGGAACUUCAUGGUACGUGUACUUUGGAUUCAGAAUCAUGUACGUCCGACUUUUUACGUCCGUUAAUGGCUUGCGGUGACGACACAUCCCGUUCAUUUAGUUGUUUGGAAUGGGUGCAUAAGAAUCAGGCACGUCGAAUGAAAAGUCGCAGUGAAUGGUUCGUUGUGAUUAACCUGCUGUCUUUCAUAAAUAUUUACUCUCCAUAUUUACCGACUCCGCAUGGUAAUGCAAAAACCAUGUACGAACGACCAUAUGCCCACAGUAUCGGCGAGGAAGCGUGGUUGGUGAAUGUGAUAUCUGAUGAAAUAUGGAAGAGAAAAAGGAGUACGAAAACGAAGCACUAG